UUUGAAACCUGCAUUUAAUUUUUAAAUAUAAAUAUAUAACCUACAGGCCACUGUAUAGCUGAGUUCGUUUAAAGUAUUAGUUUUUAAAAAAAUAUAAACCCUUUAAAAUAGCUGAAAUCGUUUCAAUUAUUCAGUAAUGAGUUAGUUUAGGAAUUUAGUUGUUGAUUUUUCACUCAAAAAAAUAAAAAGGUAUUAAAAUAGUGUACCUACGAGUUGAUAUACUUUUUUUAAUUUUUGAUGGGUGGUUUCUUUUUUUGUUUAGUAAUUUGUUUGUUUGUUUUUUUUAAAUUAUAUAAAAAUGAUAAAAAGAACAUCAGUUGUUGUUUUUUAAGAUUAAGAUAAAUUACUCUUUUCUUUUCUAAGAAAUUAAAGAAUUUUGUUUGGUAACUCGGAUCUCAGCUCAUUCUUCUUUCCCAUUUCCCUCUAAAAUGUCUAGUCUAGAAAUCGAAGCUAUAGAUGUGAUCAAAAUUGUGCUUCAAUUUUGUAAAGAAAAUUCAUUGCACCAAACAUUUCACACACUUGAGAAUGAGUGUCAAAUAUGUUUGAACACAGUAGAUAACAUGGAAACAUUUGUUGGUGAUAUUAAUAAUGGAAGAUGGGAUGUGAUACUCCCUCAAAUUGCUCAACUCAAACUUCCAAAGAAUAAAUUGGAGGACUUGUACGAGCAGAUUGUGCUCGAAAUGAUUGAGGUUGGUGAAUUGGAUACCGCUCGUGCUAUCUUAAGACAGACUCAGGUAAUGGGUUGUGUGAUGAAGCAAGAACAACUCGAAAGAUACUUGAGGCUCGAACGUCUGUUGGUGACAACAUAUUUUGAUCCGAAUAAGGCUUAUCAAGAGUCAACCAAAGAGAAAAGAAGAGCUGAAAUUGGUGAAGCACUUGCAGCAGAGGUUAGUGUUGUACCACCUUCAAGGCUAAUGGCUCUUAUUGGUCAGUCUUUGAAGUGGCAACAACACCAAGGAUUGGUUCCCCCAGACACACACAAAUUUGACUUAUUUAGAGGAACAGCUGCUAUGAAACAAGAAGAACAAGACACAUUUUCAUUCCCAUCCUCAACUCUUGCACAUACCAUAAAGUUUGGCACAAAAAGUCAUCCUGAAUGUGCUCGUUUUUCCCCUGAUGGACAGUUUCUUGUUUCCUCCUCUGUUGAUGGAUUUGUUGAGGUUUGGGAUUGUGUUAGUGGGAAAUUGAACAAGGAUUUACAGUAUCAGGCUGAUGAAACUUUCAUGAUGCAUGAUGAUCCAGUGUUGUGUGUGAAUUUCAGUAGGGAUUCGGAGGUUCUUGCGUCUGGAUCACAAGAUGGGAAGAUCAAAGUUUGGCGCAUAAGAAGUGGUCAGUGCUUGCGCCGUCUUGAACGCGCACAUUCUCAUGGCGUCACCAGUGUUUUCUUUUGUCGUGAUGGAACGCAGUUGCUGAGUACAUCGUUUGAUGGCACAGCAAGGAUUCAUGGUAUUAAAUCUGGCAAAUUGUUAAAGGAAUUCCGAGGCCAUGGAUCUUAUGUAAAUGAUGCAAUCUUUACACACCAUGGAGCUCGCGUUGUUACAGCCUCUAGUGAUUCCACCGUUAAAGUGUGGGAUGUGAAGACUACGCAAUGUCUACACACCUUCAAACCGCCUCCUCCUCUAAGGGGAGGCGAUGAUGCGUGUGUCAAUUCUCUUCAUCUUUUCCCCAAAACUAGUUCUAAUAGCGACCAACACAUCAUUGUAUGUAAUAAGACGUCGUGUGUAUACAUCAUGACACUUCAAGGACAGGUUGUGAAGAGCUUUUCAUCAGGUAAAAGGGAAGGUGGAGAUUUUGUGGGAGCUUGUGUGUCACCUAAAGGGGAAUGGAUUUACUGUGUUGGUGAAGACAGGAAUGUGUACUGCUUCAACUAUCAAUCUGGUAAACUAGACCACCUAAUAAUGAAGGCUCAUGACAAAGAUGUAAUUGGUAUAGCUCAUCACCCACAUAGAAAUUUGGUGGCCACAUAUGCUGAGGACUGCACAAUCAAACUAUGGAAGCCUUAAUUCAAUCUUUUCUGUAUUGAUUGAUUGAUUGAUUCAACUAUUAUUUACUUUUGUCCAUCCUAUUGACAUUGUUUAAAUAAAUAAACAUUAAUUAUAAUUUAGUGUUAAAAUUGAAUUUUGCUUGGUUGAGAUAAUAUAUAUUUCAAAUUUUUAUUUUAUUACUAUUUCUUUUUGGUAAAGAUGAUACAGAGAUUUUGUGUGGGACUUUCAUGAUUAGAGGUAUAUCAAUCCAUAAUUAGUCUCUUCUUCUUCACUAUAUAUCUGAUUUUUACGCUGGGACUUUCAUUUGCUGCCUCUACUUCAAGAGCUACAGAAGAAAAAUCCUCUUCUCACACAAGAGCAUCAGUACAAGAAUCUACAAGGCCUUCAUGUUUGGUAAUCCAAGUGUGAUUGUGACGACGCCUGAAACGUGUAAGGGAGUGCUGACAUAUGAUGAUGCAGUCAAGCCGGGUUGGCCUCGUGCAACUGUGAAAUCUUUUACUGGGAUUUCAUGUGAAGAACACAAGUGGUUGAGGAAAUGGUCUAACAUGGGAUAAAUUGAACACUCGCGAUUCACUCGAGCCAAGCUCUUACCUUCCUCUCUCUCUCUCUCUCUCUCUCUCUCUAUGACAACUCUUUUUGUGUGCUUAAAUGGUUCUUUGGCUAUUGAUUUUAUUUUCAGAUUAUGCAUGUGUGACUUAAAACACUUUUACAAAAAUCACUUGGUAUAUGGUGAUAAAAUUAUACUAUAAACAGAUUUUAUUAUUAAGGUCCAAACUGUGGUGAAUUGGAUUCACCUCAAUCAAUUAAUCACAGCAACGUCAAAUGCAAGAUCAACAAAAUGGUUGAAACAGAAAAGUUAAGUACAGAAGAAAAGUAAUACAAAAUACAUACUCGAAUCACACAGUGGAGACGUAAGCUCCUUUACACUAAAUCUUGAAGCUUCAUUAAUCUUUAAUAAGUUUUCUAUUACCAGUUUUUUUUGCACACAGAAAUCUUUAAUAAGCUCCUUUACAAGUGAUUUUUGUAAAAGUGUUUUAAGCAAUUUUACAAGGUUCACCACCAGAAAUUUGGGGCUACGUCCUUGGUGAGCUGCCUCAAAGAAGCUCAGUCAAAAUCCACUAUCAAGAUCAGUAAUUACACCAAGUUUCAAAGAUCCAAGACACAGUAAUCAUCUGGUAGCUCGUCAUUUUCAUAUCAGGUAUGAAGUUAUAAGUCUUCUAUUUAUAAUAGAUGUGUAGCUGAGUAGGUUAGUUAGGAUCAACUAACUGAUUCUUGAUUCUUGGAUUGCAAAAGGUUAGGUUAGUUAGGUUCUGAUUUGUUUUAACUAACGACAUUUUACAAAAGCAUCAAUAUGGCCCAAAGUAAAAGAUUCCACAGACACACACUUCCCAAUCAUCAUUCAUUCCAUAACAAUAACAACCCACCACUCUUCCCUACACAAUCAACAUGAAUACUAUUCCAAAAGUUAGUUUGCCUUUUCACCCCCUCUGCCCAACCACAAUAAAGUUUAGCUUCCGAUAAGAAAACAAAGCUUGGGAAACAACCACUUCCACUUCCACUUCCAUUGGUUUCAGAAUUCAAAUAAACAGUACUUCUCCACUUCCAUUUCUCCUAAAUCACUUCUGUGGCCCCAACCAACCCCACCUAGAUCUAUGUAAACCAGAUAAACUAUAAUUACCUUACAAACAGAAUUAAUGGUCAAAAAACCAGAAUCAAUCCACAAACACAAAACAUUACAUUGAGAUCACUUUCCAAAACAACAUACACAAAUGUUUAAGAACAAUUAUAAGGUAGUGACACUAACAGGAUCACAACCAAACAAACAAACAAACUUACCUCCUAAUAGAAACAAGACUUUUUACAUAAGAACAAACUGAACUAUCUAAUAUGCUCUUAUCCAUAUCACAAACAUCUCUCAUCUCUUGGGUGAAAAUGUUGCAAUACACCAA